AAAGAUAGCUCAGUCUGAAGAAGAACGAUACAACUGAAACUGGCCGAUCGAAUCUCAGCACGUCUUGCAAAAAGUGACCCACAUGCUAGAAAUGAGUUCGGAACUCACACUUCUCCCAGCCUUUAGACCCUUAACACUUUUGGCCCUUUUCUAAAUUAUAUACAAAAUUUACCGGGAUUUCAUAGAGUUCCUAGUGGAACAUGAACCAAUGUCGGCUGAGGAGUCUUGUGCGGAUGAGACGCUGGGGAACUGACCAUCACAUCCUCGCCCGACUGGCCCUGCGCACCAUACAAACCAGCUCGCAGUUGGGCGGGACCCAGGACCUGGACUCCUUCGCCAGCGGCUGCAGUGCCUCCUACAUCGAGGGCCUCUAUAACAAGUGGAAGCGGAAUCCACGGUCCGUGGAUGAGUCCUGGGAUGAGCUGUUCAGCGGCAACGAGCGGCCUAAGAGGCAACCUCUCCAGGCUACUCACUCCCGGAAGUACAGACGUCCACCUGUGGAAAGGACAGCAUUAAAAGCUAGGUUGGGCGAGAGAACGGCAUCAGGCGGCGGGGCCUCUCCAGCUCCGUCUGCUCCGCCCAGCGACUGGAAGAAUAUCGAUGACCACCACACGAUCCAGGCCAUCAUUCGAGCCUACCAAAUGCGUGGCCACUUGGCCGCCGAUCUGGAUCCUCUGGGAAUUGUUGGACCCGAAAAGAGCACCUCUAUAGAUGGUACACAACGUUAUGCUGCCAAGCAGGUACUCCGGCAGCACUACUCCUAUAUAUUCGGAGACCUCAAUGCCAUGUUCAAGUUGCCCUCCUCCACGAUGAUAGGCGGCAAUGAGCAGUUUUUAACACUAAAGGAGAUCCUGGAUCGCUUGGAGCGCAUCUAUUGUGGACACAUUGGGGUGGAGUACAUGCAGAUAAAUUCGCUGACGAAGACCAGCUGGAUACGCGACCGUUUCGAGAAGCCUGGAGGUCUGGAUCUAACCAAGGAAGAGAAGAAGCUUAUUCUGGAGCGACUCACUCGGACGACGGGCUUCGAAAACUUCUUGGCCAAAAAGUUUUCGUCGGAGAAGCGCUUCGGCUUGGAGGGAUGUGAUAUAAUGAUCCCCACCAUAAAGGAGGUGGUGGAUCGGGCCACUAAGCAGGGCGUGGAAUCGAUUCUAAUCGGAAUGGCCCACCGGGGACGCCUCAAUGUCCUGGCCAACGUCUGCCGGAAGCCUAUCGCUGAUAUCCUUUCGCAGUUUCACGGCCUGAAGGCCACCGACUCGGGAUCUGGGGACGUCAAGUACCAUCUUGGCGUGUUCCAGGAGCGACUCAACCGGCAGACUAACCGGAUGGUUCGCAUCACAGUAGUGGCGAAUCCAUCGCAUCUAGAGCACGUCAAUCCGGUGCUGCUGGGCAAGGCGCGGGCGGAGAUGUUCCAGCGAGGCGAUACCCGCGGAAACAAGGUUCUGCCCAUCAUCAUCCACGGCGAUGCCUCCUUCUGCGGUCAGGGGGUGGUCUAUGAAUCUAUGCAUUUGUCCGACCUGCCCAACUACACCACCUAUGGCACCAUUCACAUCGUGUCCAACAAUCAGGUGGGCUUUACCACCGAUCCGCGCUUCUCCCGCUCCUCGCGAUACUGCACCGAUGUGGCCAAGGUGGUGAAUUCUCCCAUUCUGCAUGUGAACGCUGACGACCCGGAGGCCUGCAUCCAGUGUGGUCGCAUUGCCGCCGACUACCGGUACAACUUCAAGAAGGACGUGGUUAUUGACAUAGUGGGCUAUCGCCGCAACGGGCACAACGAGGCGGAUGAGCCCAUGUUCACCCAGCCACUAAUGUACCAGCGCAUCCGGAAGUUGAAGCCCUGCCUGCAGCUAUACGCGGAUAAGCUAAUCAAGGAGGGUGUGAUCACCGACGGCGACUUCAAGAAAAUGGUCUCGGAUUACGACAAGAUCUGCGAAGAGGCCUGGACCGAGUCGAAGACGGUCAAGAGCAUUAAGUACUCCUCCUGGAUCGACUCUCCCUGGCCGGGCUUCUUUGAAGGCCGCGAUCGCCUGAAGCUGUGUCCCACUGGGGUCAGCACCGACACCCUAAAGAAAAUUGGGAAAAUAUUCUCCAGUCCUCCGCCGCCGGAGCACAAGUUCGAGAUGCACAAGGGCAUCCACCGCAUCCUGGCCCUGCGUAAACAGAUGGUGCAGGACAAAGUGGCGGACUGGUCGUUGGGCGAGGCCUUCGCCUUUGGCUCUCUGCUCAAGGAGGGCAUCCACGUCCGCCUAUCCGGCCAGGAUGUGGAGCGUGGCACCUUCUCGCACCGGCACCACGUGCUGCACCACCAAACGUGCGACAAGGUGUUCUACAUCGCCUUGGAUCACCUGUAUCCCGACCAGGCGCCCUACUCGGUCUCCAACAGCUCGCUGUCCGAGUGCGCCGUCCUAGGAUUCGAGCACGGCUACUCUAUGGCCAGUCCCAAUGCGCUGGUCAUGUGGGAGGGCCAGUUCGGCGACUUUUGCAACACGGCGCAGUGCAUUAUCGACACUUUCAUAGCCAGUGGAGAGACCAAGUGGGUGCGCCAAUCCGGAGUUGUGCUGCUUCUACCGCACAGCAUGGAGGGCAUGGGCCCCGAGCACUCCUCCGGGCGAAUGGAACGCUUCCUGCAGAUGUGCGACGAUGAUCCAGAUGUCUAUCCGGAUACCUGUGAUGCUGAUUUUGUGGCCCGCCAGCUGAUGAACGUCAACUGGAUUGUGACCAACUUUUCCACGCCCGCCAAUCUCUUUCACGGUCUGCGCCGCCAGGUGAAAAUGGGCUUCCGCAAGCCGCUGAUCAACUUCUCGCCCAAGUCGCUACUCCGCCAUCCGCUGGCCAGGAGUCCUUUCAAGGACUUCAACGAGUGCAGCUGCUUUCUGAGGAUCAUCCCAGAUAAUGGACCGGCAGGCAAACAGCCCGACUGCGUGAAGAAACUGGUCUUCUGCUCUGGUAAGGUGUACUACGAUCUAGUCAAGGAGCGUGACGACCAUGAGCAGGUGGAGUCGGUGGCUCUUGUGAGGGUGGAGCAGCUCUGUCCGUUCCCCUACGACCUGAUCACCCAGCAGCUGGAGCUGUAUCCCAAGGCGGAGCUGCUGUGGGCCCAGGAGGAGCACAAGAACAAUGGUGCCUGGUCCUAUGUGCAGCCACGAUUCGAUACCGCGCUGCUCAAGAACGAGAACGAAACCCGCUGCGUGUCCUACCAUGGGCGACCGCCCAGCUCCUCGCCAGCCACGGGCAACAAGGUGCAGCACUACAACGAGUACAAGGCCAUCAUCAACAGCAUCUUCGGGGAGCUGACUCCGGAGAACAAGAAGCGGCUAGAGGAGAAGAUCAAGGAACAGCAAGAGAAGGCCAAGGCGGAAUCGGCAUCGGCUAGCAAGUCAUCUCCCCCGGCAAAGAGCGGAUCGCCGCCACCAGGUGCAGCUUCAGCGUCGCCUACUGCAGGUCCAUCCCCUCGAAAGCCCUCGAUUACUUAUCCCAGUAGGCCUCCCAAGGGCGAAUCAUCAGGCAAAAAGAGGUCGGGUGCAGCUCCACUUCCGGAUUUUACCACCACACCUCCCAUUGCUCGAAUUCCACCGACGAUUCAGCCAAGUAGGAGUCCAUCUUCUCCCGCCCACGACGGGGUAACGCCUUCAGCCAGGCUGGAAUCAUCAGGCAGGGGAAGGGCGGGCUCGGCUCCACCGUCGGAUCCAGCUCUUAAAGUUACAGUUGCUCGAAGUCCAAGUAGGAAACCAGCUUCCCCUGGCCACGAUGGUGUAACGUCAGCCGGUGAAGGAUCCUUGGGCACGAAGAGAUCAGGUUCGGCUCCACCUCCGACUCGGUCUCCUGCUGGUCGGGGUCCAUCGCAGAUCCCGUCAUUUAAACCAGAGUUCGUAAAACGCAAGCCUGCGCGAGAUCCAGCCGCCAGUAAAAGCAAGACCCAGAAGUGUCCUAGGGAGACGGAUUGCGACCCAACAAAGCCUGAGCCCUAGCCACAUCCAACAUCUUCCAUACCUAUUUCAAAAUCCUCACGUGCAGUAGUAACCUUAUUAAGUCCAACCAAUAAACCAUAAGCCAUAGUUACAGAAAGAAUA